GAGAAGUGGAACGCCCGUCGGAGGAUCGUGGUGGCCGACGUGAAAAGGGAUCAACAUGACCAUUCUCUGAAACCCAGGGCGUGGUCAGCCCAGGCCGAGGCGAAGGCAGGCGGUCCUAUGAUCACGGCUCAUUCUGUGGCUCCGAGGGAGCUCAAAGACCGCCGCCCUACGAAGCCGACGACUGCCUCGACGCAAUCUUCAACACCACGAGAGACGCUGGACCGCGUGGUGAAGGAGUGGGGCAACUUUAAACUAGGAGAGCUAGAUGAUAAGCCGGGGGGUUACCCUCCGAUCCUGAACAACCGGUUGACCGGUUCCUUCGUAGAUGAGUCUAAGUUAGUUGGUCGGGAGGAAGACAGGCUGAAGAUUAUUAAGAUUCUGACCUCGUAUGACAAGGAAUGUGGAGAUAAGAAAGAUGCCUUUAUUCUUCCUGUAGUAGGUAUAGGCGGGGUUGGGAAGACUACCCUUGUUCAACUAGUGUAUAGCGAUAAGAGGGUCAGACGAUAUUUCCAUCUAAGAAUGUGGAUCUGCGUGUCGAACGCAUUCGACGCGAGAAGGAUCACGAAGGAGGUUGUGGAAUCUGCGUCGUUUGGGAGACAUUGUGAUACGUCGAACUGGGACAUGCUCCAGAGGAGUCUUAAGGAGAAGCUAAUGUUGAAAAAGUUUCUACUCGUCCUAGAUGAUGUGUGGAGUGAUGACCAAGUUCAAUGGGAGAAUCUGCUGGCACCUUUAGCGGAAAAGAUGCAAGGCAGUAAGAUUGUUGUAACAACGCGAAACAGCAGCGUUGCCAGGAUAAAGGGAAUGAUGUCUCCCUAUAUCUUGGACGGAUUGUCGGAGGAAGAUUCUUUGUCCUUGUUUACACACCAUGCUUUUAUGGGUAAGGAAACCAAGGGCAUCCGCGUAAUAGAAGAAAUGCGUAAGAAGAUAGUAGAGAAGUUGAACGGGUCGCCUUUAGCGGCCAAGACACUCGGCCAACUCUGUAACUCAAAAUUAGGAAAGAACGACUGGAAGGAUUUCUUGAAAACCGAAAUAUGGCAAAUGCAACAAAAUGACUCUGAUAUAAUGCCCAUUCUAAAACUAACUUACAAUCACCUACCUGCACAUCUGAAGCAGUGUUUUGCCUUUUGUUCUGUAUUUCCAAAGGAGUAUGAUUUCGAUAAGGACGACCUAGUCAGAAUGUGGAUGGGCCAGGGUUUCAUUCAAUCGGGAGAUAAGAAAAGAGUCGAAGAUAUUGGAAAUGAAUAUUUUGAUCACUUAAUCAGCAUGGGAAUCUUUCUACGUAAACAGGACAAAUACGUAAUGCCUGCCUUGAUGAACGAUCUGGCGCGAUUUGUCUCUAUGGAUGAAUGUAGCAGAAUAGAAUCCUCUGGUGAAUUAUCGGGACUUUCUCAAAGUCCUCGCCAUUUGUCACUGAUUUUUCGUUGUCUGGACAAAUCGGCACAAAACUAUUUAGAGAAUCUGACAAGCAUGCGCACUUUAAUAUUCUUAGAUACUUAUGAAACUGUGUUGGAUGAUACUCUUGGGAAUUUGUUCAAGAGCUUAACAUCCUUGCGGGUUUUAGAUUUAAGGAACAAGAAAAUAAAAAUGUUGCCACAAUGCAUUAGCAAUUUAAAACAUCUCCGCUACCUUAAUCUUUCUAAUAAUCCGCUGGAGGAUUUGCCUCCCUCAUUGUGUGAACUGCAGAAUCUUCAAACGCUGGUGCUGUUGCAAUGUGAAUCGCUGAAGAACCUGCCAGAAGGUAUCUGCAAAUUAACAAACUUAAGGCAUCUUAAGAUUGAUAGAUCACUACCCUCUUUCACCAGAAAAGGUCGACAAACAAAAGUAGCAGGUAUUGGAAGCUUAACUUUGCUUCAGGAGCUAGAAAAAUUCGAUUGCACGGACCAUAGGAUCGGGGAGCUGAAGGAAAUGAAUGAGCUACGAGGAUGCCUUUCUAUUCGAGGUCUUGAGAACGUCGAGAGUGAGACUGAGGCCAGCAAAGCGAUGUUAGCGAACAAGCGUCGCCUUGAGAUCUUGAAACUGAAAUGGUCCAGAAUGGAUAUUGUUUCUGCAAGCUCAGAACUAGAUCUGAGAGUGCUUGAAAAACUCCAACCUCAUCCAAAUAUAAGGAAGCUGACAAUUGCACGAUACAGGGGUAUCAAUACUCCAUGCUGGAUUAACAAGGCGAUGCCCUCGAAUUUAAAAGUUAUUAAGCUACAUGAUUGUCCGUAUUUGAAACAACUUCCAAGCCUCGGCCAUCUCUUCUUUCUUGAGAAACUAGAGAUAUGCAGGAUGUAUGGUGUGACAAAGGUUGGCCACGAGUUCUAUGGAAACACCAAAGAAGUGAAGUUCCCGUCACUGAGGAAGCUGUCUUUCUGUCACAUGCCAAAGUGGAAGGAGUGGUCGGCAAGAAAGGAAGAUCAAUCUUUCCCUUGCCUGAUUGAGCUAUUUAUGAAGGACUGCCCCAAUUUGGAGACAAGGCCUUCCUUUCCCCCUGAAGUGAGGAUAAUUGAAGUUUGUGGGACUCGAUCUGCAAGGUCUUAA